GUUGAUGCUAAUGGAAAAUAGGUACCUCACCUUUAUUGCAUUGGUGAUGCAAAUGGUAAAAUGAUGCUUGCUCAUGCAGCCAGUGCUGAGGGAAUAUCUGUUGUCGAACAAGUCUCGGGAAGAGACCACGUGCUUAACCAUUUGAGCAUUCCAGCUGCUUGUUUUACUCAUCCUGAAAUCAGCAUGUUUGGGUUGACAGAGCCACAAGCUCGAGAGAAAGCUGAAAAAGAGGGGCUUGAGAUAAGCAUUGCAAAAACAAGCUUUAAGGCAAACACAAAGGCACUGGCAGAAAAUGAAGGGGAAGGACUUGCAAAGUUGAUAUACAGACCAGACAAUGGGGAAAUUCUUGGAGUUCAUAUCUUUGGUAUGCAUGCUGCUGACCUCAUUCAUGAAGCGUCCAUCGCCAUAGCAUUGGGAACGUCCAUUCAGGAUAUAAAGUUUGCAGUGCACGCACAUCCAACAUUGUCUGAAGUCCUUGAUGAACUGUUCAAAUCUGCUAAGCUAAAGGAAUUGGAAAAAAUUCAACCAGGUAACUAGUCACGACCAUCACCCACUUAGUGAAUCAGUUGCUGUCUGAAAUUCUCAAGCCUAAUGUGUUUGAGGGAGCUACUGCACCACCAGUCUCGCUAGAGGAUCAUCUUCAACUAAGCAUUGAGAUGUAACAAGGAUAGAUUUGGAUGACUUGCUACAUAUCAAUUAAGUUGCAAAUCAGGUUUUCAUGAGAAAUUGAUACAUUGAUUCCAGGGUAUUUUACUGAGGCCUUGGAGUGUCGGUGUGAAGUGAAAAUCGACAUUCUUAAGUAGUGCUCCUGGAAGCCUUUUCAAAUGUUGUAAGAAGAUGAAUGUUUUGUUGUAAUUGCAGAACAGAAGAGGCUCAUAGGCUCUGCCUCUAUUUGGUUUAUGCUUUGUAUUGAUA